AUGUCCGGAGGUUUGGUGCGACCAGAAGACGUGGACGCCGAGCUUGCAGUCCACAAGGAACCAUAUCUGCUGGAGAACUGGCUGGACUACCUGGAGCACAAGAAGGGCUUUCCAGAGGCAGAUAUUCUGCAGAUUUACCGACGCGCACUCAGACGCUUGCCGCAGUCAUUCAAGCUUUGGACGGGCUAUCUCGAGCUGGUCCACAAGCUCGCUGGUAAAGGCGACGUAGAAUUUUUGGUCAAGACGUACGAGCAGUGUUUGGCGAGUUUAAGCGAGUUUCCUGGUCUCUGGCAGAGGUUUCUCGUAUUUCUCGUAGAAAACCUCGAUCAGCUGGAUAUAUCCUAUGUUCGUCGCCGGUUCAACGAGGCAUUGCAAAACUUGAGUGUUUCGCAGCAUUUUGGUGUAUGGAAGUUGUUUAUCCGCUUUGCUGACAUGGUUGGCGGUCGCACAAGUUUUACCGUAUACAGGCGAUAUUUUGAUUUUAGGGCGAGACUUGUGGACUACGACGAUCUGUUUGCGGACCUUCCAGAUUUGGACACAGUUAUAGAUAAGCUUGUGCUCUACACGGACUCAGCAGACCUAUUUGCGAAACUCGGACCAGUUUUUGAGACCAUAGCCCAAAAUACCAGUCUUUUGGUGCAGCUCUCCAUUUCGGAGUUCAGCCUAUACAGCAUCUAUUUCGACCUAGUUUUGGAAUUUGGAGACGAAAAAGAUGCGCGAGAAAUGUAUCGGCAUCUUGCCGACAAGUUUGUGGACCAGCGGUGCCUGCUUUCAAUAAAACUUGCGGCCUGCUAUGAAAAAAAGCAUAGAUAUCUGGAAGCUGAAGAUAUUUUUGAAAAGGAGCUAAAAAGAGUGAACAACCUGCACGACUUCCAGUUGAUUUUCGAGGCAUACACAGAAAUGGAAGACAGACGAAUGACUCUCUUAUCACAGAAGCUUGACGACGACACCGCGUCCGAGCUGGACGUCAUAAUGGACAGAUUUGAGGAUCUGUUGGCCAGGAGAAAAUAUCUGGUGAGCGACACGGCACUUCGCCAAAAUCCCGACAAUAUACACGAGUGGCUGAACAGAAUUGAUAUGUAUGACAGCAAAAACGAAAUCGCAGACUGCUACGCACAGGCAGCGGAAACAAUCCGGCCGCAAAAAGUGCAGCUGCCAGGGCUUCUUCCGAAACUCUGGAUACACUACGCUAAAUUCUAUGCGGAAAAUGGUGAAGUCACAACAGCAAGGAAGAUCUUUCAGACAUCCACCAAGGUUCCCUUCCGCCACAUUGAAGACCUGGUCGAUAUCUGGCUGGCAUGGGCACAGUGGGAACUGGAAAAGGAUCGCGAGCGGGCAGUGAGGGUGCUCGAAAAAGCGCUCGAGACUCCAAAAUACGACGGGAAAAUAAACUACCGGGAUGAGGACCUUAGUCCCCAGAUGCGCAUCCACAAGUCCACGAGGCUUUGGCAAUAUUACUUGGAUUUAAUAAAGAGCUCCAAAAAUUUGGAAGCAACAUGCAAAGCAUAUGACAGAAUGAUCGACGUCAAGGUCGCCACUGCGCAAUCGAUUUUGGACUACGCCGCACUCCUAGAAGACAAAAAGCUCUACGAAGAGUCGUUCAGGGUCUACGAACGCGGAGUGCUGCUUUUCCGCUACCCAACCGUGUACGAGAUAUGGGUUGUCUACCUUGACAAAAUUCUGCAUUACCAACAUCAACUCUCAAUCGGAGUUGAGAGAAUUCGGGACUUGUUUGAGAAUGCGCUGCAAAACUGUCCUCCCGAGCUGUCCAAGCCGAUUUUCUUGCUGUAUGCGCAGUUUGAGGAGACCAGGGGCUCCAAACUGCUUGCGCUCAAGGUGUACCGCCGGGCCAUCGAGUACAUCCCAGCAAACGCCGAGAAAGUUGAGCUGUACAGCCUGCUGGCGGCCAAAACAAUCCAGUUCAAGAACAUCGAGAGCGCAAGAGAGGUCUACCAGAGCGCGCUGGAGUCAGUGACGGUCAACGCUCCGGGCUUCCUCGACGUGCUGGUGCAAGGGUUUGUGGGCCUGGAGCUGCGGCUGGGCCAGUACCGGCGGUGUCGCGAGAUAUAUCGGUAUGCUGCGCGGCUUUUGGUGCAGUUUGCAAAGCGUGAGCAGGACGUGGAGCAUGUGUGGAGUUUGUGGAAGCGGUUUGAAGUGGAAAACGGGUCGGAGGAGAGCUACAAGGAGCUGCUACGGUUCAAGAGGCAUCUGGAGAAUACUGUGGUGAAUGUGCGCGCCAAGACGACGGAUUCGAUCGGAUUUGAAACAGCGCCGAGAUAG